UUUUGGUACGAUAUUUAAAUCGCUUUCAAAUGUGACACAAUAACUCAAUCAAAAUUUCAUUAUAAAAAUUUAACGGAAAAGAUUCAUAAUGAAAAAUACUGGGCUAAUUUUAUUCGUAUGUGCUGGUUUACUGCUUAGUGGCGGUGCAAUUCUCGGUGGAUCGACAGCAUGGAACCUCUUUCGUAUGUCAUAUUACUUCUGGACCACAGACUUGGGAGUUGAACUGGGAGCGAGUGUUCUCUUCCUAUCAGGAGCACUGCUCUGCUUGCCUGCGUGUUGGCUGUCAACUUUAGUACCUUAUUAUCAUAAGUCCAUGAGACUUUUGGCUACGCUUAUGGUAUUAGUGACGGCAGCACUAGUACUGUUAUGUACUGGGAUGUCUUCAAUCAUGGCAUUGUCGAAGGCUACACGGGAUCCGGCAGCGCUUAAUGAAACUAUGUAUAGAUCUCUGUCAGAAGAGGGUGUAGAUCCCGCUGUGAAAAGCGCUUUUACAGCUAUGCAAAUUGAACUAAAGUGCUGUGGCGUUCAGCAUCAUACAGACUGGCUGCUUCAUCGUCGUAAUUUACCACCUGCAUGUUGCGGUCGUUUAGGUUUAGGGAAGGAAAGUGAUCGAUGUGUGUAUCCGAUUUACACCAAGGGCUGCCUGCAACCAGCCAUCAGAGAACUACGUCUAUAUGUCAAUUCGCUUACCGUUGUUGCGUGUGGAAUAAUCGUUGUUAUGGCUAUAACCCUAUUUGCAACAUCGUACACACUGGUCUCGGGAGUAGUGGAGCAUGCCAAUAAAUCCCUCCAGCCAAUGCGCGUUGCCUAUCUUACAAACUCUCCAGCGUUCCUUAACAAUGCCAACGCCAGGAAUUUCGUUCCAGCUAUUUCCCCUCCUGCUCAAAAUCUGAAUCAGAACAUUUAUCCAUCUCUCGUGGCCCCCACUAACCCAGCCUUUUGUCCUAGUUAAAUUUUAGUUCUAAUAUUUAUUCUUUUGCAUUUUAUUUAGCUAUUUUUAUACAAAAUUAUAUUUCAAAACAGUCUUGGUUGAUCUCGGUAUAUACCUUGAGAGUUGUAAUAAAAAUGCAUCAUAUGUGGA